ACACCGCGUGUCCCCUGGAGACAGCACGCGUCCACUUCCGGUUGGGCAGAGAGCUGGAAAAAUAGCAACGGCUGAGGAGCACAGCUGGGGAAGGAGGAGGCCAGGCUGGAGCUAAAGCGAGUCGCUGUGCAGAGGAAUGGGCGACGUUUGAUCGGAGAAGGUUCUCUACAAACCAGGAGAGACGUCAGUGAGUCAUGGAGGACUGUGGUAGCCUCAUAGAGUUCGAUGUACCUGAGUUCAGCAAUACUGUCCUGAACCAGCUCAAUGAGCUCCGUCUCCAGGGCAAGCUGUGCGACAUCAUUGUGCACAUUCAGGGCCAGCCAUUCCGAGCCCACAAGGCCGUCUUGGCCGCCAGUUCGCCGUACUUCCGCGAUCAUUCAGCACUAGGCACGAUGAGUGGCCUCUCCAUCUCCGUAAUCAAGAGCCCUGAGGUGUUUGAGCAGCUGCUCGCCUUCUGCUACACUGGCCGAAUGUCAUUGCGCCUACGUGAUGUCAUCAGCUUCCUCACGGCUGCCAGCUUCCUCCAAAUGCAGGCUGUGAUUGACAAAUGCACACAGAUUCUUGAGGGUAUUCACUCUAAGAUCAGCGUCCCUGUGCCUGCUGGGAUCGAUCCAGAUAACGAUUGCACCACCUCAAGGGCUGGACGCAAUGGUGUGAAAGACGGAGGUAUCUUUGUAAACCCCACCCAGAUUUCGCCGCCCUACUAUUCUCGUCAGAAUCAUUGCGUGGAGGGGCGAAGCUCAGGUAAGGGAGCGGCAGAAGAGGGUCAGUCAGACCGAGGGAGUAGCGACGGCAUAUCCGAGCAGGAGGUGUCCAUGGAGGUCGAGUCCGAACAAGUAGACCUCAUCGGCAAGGAUGGACAGGUAACCGAUGUCCAUAUCAAGCUGGAGAAAACAGACCGGCCCAGCUACUCCGAUAGCUCAUCGGCCGGUGAUGACGGCUACCACACAGAGCUGGUGGAUGGUGAACAGGUGUUGGCUGUCAGCGUGGGAUCGUAUGGGCCUGUGCUUUCCUCUGCCGGAUACACUUACUCUGCACUACCUUCCUCCUGUUUCGUCAGCCUGAGUUCCUCUAGCCCAUCUCGCUCCUUGCUCAGCAGCGUCCGGGGUGGUCGUGCCCGACCGAAACGUCCCGUGCCUCUUCCAGCCGAUCUGCUAACUCAGCUCAAGCCUGGUGCUGACGAAGGAGAUCCACCUGCGGCGGCAACUACCUUCGAGAACGACGUAAGGGAGCGGAGUUUCCGUGGACAGUGGUACCCCUACAACGAGCGCCUCAUCUGCAUCUACUGCGGCAAGUCCUUCAACCAAAAGGGCAGCCUGGACCGUCACAUGCGUCUGCACAUGGGCAUCACACCCUUCGUCUGCAAGUUCUGUGGCAAGAAGUACACCCGCAAAGACCAGCUGGAGUACCACAUCCGCGGCCACACGGACAACAAACCCUUCCACUGCCAGAUCUGCGGCAAAUGCUUUCCCUUCCAAGGCACACUCAACCAGCAUUUGCGCAAGAAGCACAUGACCUCUGGCACAGAAGUUAACAAUCACACUGACUUGCUGGGAGAGGCACCAGAUGGCCAGAGAGCAGAGCAAGAGGAUGCCUCCGAGGGCGAAGCAGCCUGCGGAGCAGCUUACCCCGAUGAUUUGUCAACAAAAACCCCCAGUGAAGAAAGUGGCAAGUGUAGUCCAGAAGAAAGCCCUGCAUCCAAACCCCUGCGUGGAUACUGAGAAUAAAGUUUUCCUUGUUUGUCCUCCUUAUCUAAUAAGGAAGCAUAAAGGGUUACACUUUUCGCCAUUAAGCCCAGCUGUUUUUAAAGAAGGACAAGAAAUAACCUGCCUUGCGCAUUUUCUACUCGUCCAUUUUUGUGGAAGUUCUACACAAGACAAAGAUCGAGAGAAAGUUUUUAAGGAGUUUUUCAAAGGGAAGGAGUCCUAUAAUCGGGGAGGAGGUCUCUGUAAUCAAGGCCUCCUAAGAGUUUUAUCACAUUUUUGAUAUAUCUAUAUCUAUAUAUAUAUAUAUACAUAUAUAUAUAUUUCCAUGUUUUUCAACAUAUUUACAGAGUAAUAUAGGCAUGUUGCAAUAAUGAAUAAUGUGAAAGCUCAGAUGAGAUGCUUGUCAUAUCACGCUUUUACCUGACCUGUUUUUGCACAUGUGGCCUGUAGUAGGUCACUCACUCACGAGGAAUGGUUUAUCUGCCAGUGCAAGGCUCUUUUUGUGAAACAUCCGUUCAAUACCUCAUUAUACAACCUCAACAUAUACUCAUAAUGGACAGUAUUUGUAGCUUAUCGUCAACUCCAGCCAGGUUUUACCUCAUAGCAAAGAACCUGAACGGAGGGGAAGAGGCUUCUCUCAGUAAAGUCACAUUUGUUUUGUUUUCAUAGGGUUUGAAUGAAUGUUGCGUUGAAACCCCUGAACAAAACAUCUCCACUCUACCAAGGCUUGAUACUUCAGUGAAAUAUUCCUUAGUGAUUGUAUGAAUUCUGGAUUAUUUUUGUUCAUUUUUCUUUAGCAGACAUGUUGUGUGUAUCUAUGAGAAUAUUAUUAGUACAAGGUGUACCUGUGGUGUAUUUUCAGGAUCCAAGAUCUUCCUUUUUUUUUUUCUUUUUUUUUUUUUAAUGCCAUAUUUUUCAUAAAAUCACAGUCUGUCACUCUACACGCAUUCUGUAACAUUAUCCAUUUGGUUUCAGGUAUAUUAUCAACAGUAUAAUCUCAGAUUAGUGCUAGAGUAGCAGCACAGUCAACAAUAUUAUUCACUUAAGGAAUGUUUAGUCAAAUUUGACUUAUGCUUUCGUGCCAAGUUUCUUUCUUUUCUUUUCCUUUCUUUCUUUCUUUCUUUCUUUCUUUCUCUAAAUCUAGCUUUUAAUAAAAAAAAAACAAUGUUUUUUAUGGUUUGAGUUUUACCAAACACCAGUGGGGGAGGGUGUGCCUUUAAAAUGAAAGUUUAAAUUAUAUAUUAAUAUAUUUGUAGAUGCAAUUCUAAAAGUGGUGCAGGAGUCAUGCAAGUUAUGAAAAUUGCCUUAGGGCCAUACCGCCAUGGGAAGAAGGGGGGAAAAAACCUCUUGCUGAAAUAUUUAUAGCAUUAAUGUACACACUCGAUCAGUGGUUAAAAUUUCAAACAGCUCUUCUUGUGUUCAGCUGGCUCGAAAGAACUUUAUUAUUUUUUUUAAACUUGGUGUGGAACAGACAGCUGAGAGAAGAAGCUCUCUUUGGCUUAUCAGACUUGUGCAUCUGUCGAUGUACAGACCAAAACGUAUGGUGUUUCAAUGCAGAAAUGUAUAAUUAAAGAAGAUUCACUUACUGCCGGUAUGCUUUUGUUAAUGUUAAAUUGUAUGGAGGUGUAUUGUUUAUGCUGGAGGUAUAGUGUAGGGUUUCAUACUACAAUAGAGCAGUAAUAAGAUAAACCUGCAGUGUCAGUACCACUGUUGUGGGCACUUUUAUAAAUUUAGUAUUGUGAAGAGAGAGCCCUGGAUGCCUAUUAUCUCCACAAUAUCUCUUCCCAUCCAUUUUCAUUAUAUAACUGGUGCAAAACGUCAUACCUCACUUUGUUUUUUUUUUUGUCUUUUCUUGACCUGUGAUUGAAUAAGGCUCCUUAUUGUUUAUCACAUGCCAAUUGUAGAUACAUUUUGUUAUUUCUUAUCACCACACUGUCUUAUUUGAUUCAUUCUAACAAAUAAUAUAAGCGGCUACAUGAGACGAUAUUUUAUAGUCCUCAAUACAGUCGAGCAUCUGCCUCCCUGACUGUCUGCAGUAUAUUUGAUUUAUAGUUCUUGAUGCUCAGACAGAUUAAAACAUGCCUCGCUUUUACAAGAUUCAAGUGCUUUCAAGUUUGCCUGACAUACCAUUUGGAUAUUUACUUUACCACACCCUCCAUAAGUUAACUUUAACAACCAUUAGCCAAGGAUAGUUAGCGUAAGCAGCGUUCCCUUUUGUUUAGAAACUGCGGUAUUACCUUUCCAGGACAACUCCUUAAUUCUGUGAAGCGCAUCCAGUAUCACGCCUUGGACAAAACUUGUCUCUGAAAGUACGAUAAGUUAAAAUACACAGUGACUUACAUUAUGGUGCUGUUUUGUUUUCAUUUUCAGUUUGCGUACUUUUCUUUUGUGGUGUUUACUCAUAUAAUUUUUUAUUUUUUUAAUCUGCAUUUAUUUCACGGUCUCAGUUAAAGUAUUUUGAGAUUUCAAAUUGAACUUCAGGACUUCUGCCCUUUCUCUCUCUUUCUUUAAACUCAGUUUCACUCAAAGUGCAAAUUUUAGAAUGCUGAACUAUAUUUGUGCCAUUAAAAUCUCUUCAUGUGCUUGUAUUACUGGCAGAUGAGUGAGAAUGAACCUUAUACUUUUAUUUUUACCAGCUCUUGAGCUAUGAAUCAGUUUUAAACAAUGAGCCAAUGUGAUAACUACAGUUAUCAAGAGCCAAAACUCUGAAUACAGAACACCUUGUACUACUGACAGCAUGUUUGGUGUCGUUCUGUGACAUGAGAUGCCAUGUAUGCCAUUUGAAACAUUGUAAGCCUGACUGCUUUCUUCCCUCAACAUGUUUAGAUUUGCUCUGUUCCUUUAUCGUAAUGUUCCCGUUCAUCUUAGAUAAUGUGAACGUGACUUUGGCCACUAACCAAAGAGCAAACCAAAAAUUGUAAAGGGUUUGUGUAGUAUGUUGCACAGCGGACAAAAGAGAGACCAAAAGCAAGCCCUGGAACAAAUGAAUCUGUUUUAGAUGUGUCAGUAGAUCUUCACCGUCUCAUUUCCCAGCCUCAUGCUGGCUCUAACACCUGUCGGGAUUUUAUAGCAUUGGCUGUCAUUUAUUUCACACAUUGGUGUUAGGUAGGUUUUGUUGAGAUAAUGUUUUACAGUGAAUGAAGCUGUAAGCUUUAGUAUUUGAUGAACAGAUUUUGGAUGUUGUUCUGUGGUCUUUAAAAAAUGAUGGUACAAACAGAUUAUUUUUUUUUUUUGUCAAGGAAGUUGAUUGAUCCGGUGCCUUGAUGUGAAACAUAGGCUUCACUACUCUUUGAGGUCAGCAAGAUUUUUAUUUUUAUUUAAUUUUUUUUCAGAAAUAAUGCAUUCAGUUUAUCAAAAGUGAUACUAAAGACAUUUAGAAUGUUAUAAAAUAUUUGAAUUUCAAAUAAAUGCUGUUCUUUUAAACUGUCUUGGUAUGGCUUCCAUAAAAAUACUGAGCAGCAAAAUAUUAAUAUUUUCAACAUUAAGAAGAAGAAAUGUUUCUUAAGCAGCAAAUCAGUGUAUUAGAAUGAUUUCUGAAGGGUCAUGUGACACUGAAGCCUGGAGUAAUGUAUGCUGAAAAUUCAGCUUUUCCAUCACAGAAAAAAAAAUGAUAAUUUAAAAUAUAAUAAAAUAGAAAAUAUUUAUUUUAAAUGAUAAUAUUUCACAAUAUUACUGUUUUGCUGUGAGUCUUUUAAAAACAUUUAAAAAUCUUACUGACCCCAAACAUUUGAAUUGAAGUGUAUGUGAAUCACUUACGCCGCAGUUUUUUUGUUUUGUUUUGCCAUGCAAGAUUAUGGAAAUGAGAUGAGGGGUUCCUUCAAAGAAGGGAGAAAUGUUUGUUAUUUUUGGAUGUAUCAAUGUAUCAGCCUGGUCUUUUGUAAAAAAAAUAUUGAACUUAUGGUAAUAUGCAAAAGCAAUAUGCCUGUUAGAUCAUAAUUGAGACAUGCAGUAAGGGUUCUGUCUGUAUAGUUGCAUUUGUUUUACUCUGUGUCAUUCUUUUUGUUUCUAUGGGGAAACAUCCUAUUUGUAGGGGAUCGAUAUGCAUUGAAGCGACAGAGAUUUUCACGUCAGAAUCAGUAUGCAGUUUUGACAGAAAGUGAAUAUGCUGAAAUAAUAAUAAAAUGGGACAAUCAAACAGCUUCGCGAUGCGUAAGCUUCCUCUUAAAAAUAAGUUUCAAAAAAGUUAGUUGAUUUAUGCUUGGCUAUAACCUCAUCAGAAUGAUGAUGCUUUCAGGUUAGCAGAUCGCUGUAUUAUGUAUAUUGUUUGGUCUGGGGGGGGGAAAUAUGCAUGUCGGCCCACUUAUUGUUCAAGUAGAAUUGCAUGGUGCCCUCCACGUUAUAAAACGAAACUACAGAUUACUUUUUGUUUUUGUCUUAAAACUUGAAAGUGAUUUUCAUUUAUAGCUAUAUCUCUUAUGUGAUAUUUCACCUGGCAUGCACUUAAUGAUUCUUAAAAAAAUAAUACAUAAUGUAUUCCAUAAGGGAUUAAUUGACCAUGUAAUGCUCCCAACUUAUGGGACUCAUAAGGCCUCAAAUAUUUUAUCGCUUGGGAUGUGUUUCCCCUUUAAUGGUGCUUUUACGACUGGUCAGGUUUCUUUUUGGUUUUUAUAAUGUAUAAGCAAAAAGAUGUUAAAUCGGUGAAAUGGGGUUAACAUACACUUGUAAAUGAUUUAAUGAACUGUACUAAUAGAGUCAUACUCCACCAACUGACCUAGAUACUCAUGGUCCAUAUUCACUCGCUUUGUUCACAUAAAACCAGUUCAGUUUGUGCCAUGCACAAUAAUCAAAAAAGAAGUGUUUACAGGGAAGGCUGUUGGACUACUUUUUGAUUGUGCAGCUCGUCCUUUUUAACUGUUGAAAACUGUUGACUUACUUCAGGUAGUUUAUGAACACUGAGCUAAACCUAGAGAUAUUGAAGAAAAGAAAAUCUUGAAGUCUUCCAUUGGUUCUCCACUUCCAACAUGUCUCCACUGUGUAAUAUGCAAAAGCAAUAACCUUACUAAGAGCCUUUUUUUUCUUCUUCUUUCUUUGGAGUCUGUCUGCCUCUCAGAUUGCAGGAGGAUUUUGUCUCAAAAUGAAUGCAUUCAGGAUGUCAGGGAGCCGAGGUCAUUUAUGGCUAAGAGAGGAUUUUUCUCAUUUUUUAAGAUAUAUACUUUUAUGUGAAAACUUGGACAGAUUGGGCAAAUAUGCUUCUACAGAGUGGCUUGUUUUCGUGGUCACCACAAUCUGUACUUCAUCGACCUGCCACCUCGGUGUCACUGGUGAGAAGUUGCAUCUUUUUUCUUUUUAUGUGUGUCAAAUAAGAAAGGGAUCUUUGAGAGAUGUAACCUGCCACUAAAGAUCUUCUUUCUUCGUGCUUUGAGAUUGCAGAUAUAACGGGCCAAUCAGAAUUAUUAAAAGAACAGUUGACCCAAAAAUGAAAAUAUGCUGAAAAUGCACUAUGGCAAUUUGAGAUGUAACAUAUUUGAAGAAAUUUAGCAUUUUAUCACUUGCUCAGCAAUGAAUGGAGUGAAUGGGUGCCGUCAGAAUAAUAGUUCAAGCAGCUGAUAAAAACAUCACAAUCCACAAGUAAUCCACACGACUCACACUCCAAUCAAUUAACAUCUUAUGAAGUGAAAAGCUGUGUUUGUAAGAAACAAAGCCAUCGUUAAGCCGUUUGAAUUUUAAAUUGUUGCGCCUGGUCAAAAUACCAGUCCAUAAUGAGUCUUCCUCCAGUGAAAAAGUCCAUCAUCUGUUGUCCUCUCACAUCAAAAUCCACCGACAUAUUUGUUUAUAACUGUUUUGGCUUAUAAAGGUUGUUUGAUCAGUGCAUAUUUCGCUCCUGAUUCAGACAAGAUGACUUUUUCACUGGAGAAAGCAAUGCUAUGGAUAGAGGACUUGUAUUUUAGUUGGAAGCUACAGUUUGAAGUUUAAAAAUUUGGAUUUUCACUCCAGAAGACAUUAAGAGUCUUGUGGAUUGCGUUUAUUGUUUUUGGACACUCAUUCUGACGGCACCCAUUCACUGCAGAGGAUCCACUUGGUGAGCAAAUGGUGUAAUGCUACAUUUCUAUAAAUCUGUUCUGAUGAAGUUGACUCAUCUACAUCUUGGAUGGCCUGAGGUUGAGUACAUUUUCAUCAAACUUUCAUUUCUGGAUGACUGUUCCUUUAAAUGCAAGCUCUGUCAGACUCUUGUUCUCUCUUGUAUUCGGGACAUUGCAAAAAGUAAAAAGUAGAACUCAGGGUUUACUAGUAUUCAGAAAAUGCCAUUUUGGAUGCGCAAUGAUCUUUGUGCGUCCAAAACUAAGCUUGCACUUUUACUUCAGGUGGGGAAACAAUUCCUCAGUCAUUGGUUCCCAAAACAGUCUGCCUCAUAGGUGUGGUAAGAUGCACCUAAAUGUUUCCGUUCAUGCUCUUCCCGGAUGCAUGGGAGUUUCACCGCAGAGGAAAGCAGAUCUUUAGGUCUUACCGUAUUAGUAGCACUCUGUCCAACCUUCUGUCAUCCAUUUAUACGUACAACCUCACAACCCAACUGUGAACCUCAGAACUCUACUGUUUUAUACAACUAUGAAGUACAUGAAGCUAGCUGACGCCGAUGCUGUAACAAUUAACUCGCCAUUUUUGAAUUUUAUUUUAUAGCAUGAAAUAUAAAAUUAUAUUUAUUCAAAUUAUAUAUUUUACUCAUAAUCAUUCUGUGCUGCUUUUUAUUUUCGUUCUUAAAGCUUGUAUAUUGCUUUUUUAUGAUACAAAGAAAUGUCAAUAGAUAAAAAAUGCAUUUGUUUGUACAAUAAAGAUGCUGAUUU